AUGGAAGAUAUCAUACUAAAAGAGCCAUGGCUCUUCGAUAUACGGUCAUCCAAACAACUUAUCGGCCUUGCGGUCUUCUCGACCACCUUUACUGAUGGAUUCCUGUACGGGAUUAUUGUGUCCGUCCUUCCUUUCUCCCUAACCCAUCGCUCCGGGGUACCAGAGGCCGACGUCCCAUUCUGGACAUCAACCUCUUUAGCCGUCUUCGGCCUCGCAAUGGUACUUGGUGCCCCGAUGGCAGGAUGGAUUGUUGGAAAAUGCAAGAGACGUCAAAUACCAUUCCUGGGAGGCCUCUCUUGUGCAUUCGGUGCCACACUCUCGUUCAUGCUUGGAGUCAAACCGUGGAUGAUCAUCGUGGCAAGGAUUUUCCAGGGUUUAUCUGCGAGCGUUGUCUAUACUGCCGGCUUAACGCUGUUGGUUGACACAAUCGAGUCACACGAACUGGGGCCCUGGAUUGGCUUCGGACUCUCGGGCAUGAACAUUGGCGUGCUCGUAUCACCCACGCUCGGAGGAAUCGUAUAUGAGAAAGCAGGGUUUCAUCCUGUCUUCAUCAUGGGUCUUGGCGUAGUCCUCAUUAACCUGAUCCUCAUUCUACUCAUGAUCGACAGGAAGACUGCUGAAAAGUUCAGAGUAAAUGAUGGCUAUACAAGGUCUUCUUUCCUUCCAAAUGGAAACUCGACAAGAAGGGCCAUUGCAAAUGGAAAACGGCGAUUAUCGACGCUUGAAGAUGACGAUCUACCCAUCACAACACCGCUCCUUUCACACCACAACGGGACCUCAUCCGUGGUUUCAAAAGAUCCUACUUGGUGGACUAUUGUCGGAGGCUUUCUUCGAAACCGUCGCAUACUUGCUGCGUUAUAUGGAUGCCUCAUCAAUACUAUUUUAGUAAGCGCCAUGGAUGCCGUCCUCCCGAUCUUUAUCAAACGGACCUUUCAUUGGUUUUCCGGUGCUACCGGAGCCAUGUUUUUAAACAUAACCAUUCCAUCAUUUAUAGCUCCAUUUGUUGGAAUUAUCUCAGAUAAAUACGGCGUCCGAUUGAUCUCCACUCUUGGGUUUACGUUGGGAGCUGUAGCAGUCGCUCUCCUAGCUUUGAUACAAGAUGAGGAUACUACAAACAAGGUCGUGGCAUGUGUACUAUUGUUUCUUGUUGGGGUAGGGCUCAAUACAUCGUUGACGCCACUGGUUACGGAGAUACCUCACAUAGUAAAUGUCCUUCAACAGGAACAACCUGACGUCUAUGGCGAUAAGAGUGCAGUCGCUGAGGCUUAUAUGCUCCUUGAUGCAACAUUUGGCGCCGGAACUGUGCUCGGCCCAUUGCUGUCAGAGCUCGCGUUUGAAACUUCGGGGUGGACUGGAUGUACGGUUAUGCUCGGGUUCCUAACUGCAUCGGCCAUAAUUCCAGUGGUGGUCCAUCUGGCUCCAAGACCGUAA